GAAAAAUCAAGACAUUUGCUAAACUAGACUCCUUUUGUUUUCAAUCGAUUAGUGUAUACUGCCGGGGAAGCUGCUUCUUCUAAUAUCUUCCUCGGAUUUUCCGUGUAGUAAAACCUGAUCAAUGCUCAUUAUUAUCCGUCUGACGCUAGCUCAACCACCGCCCCCUCUUGCCACGCCACUAUCGGCUGUGAGUCUGUCGCAUCACAGUCCUGGGAGGGGCUCAGGCACCCGCUCUCCACCAUUGGCUGUCGCGGAACAACCACCGACAGCUUUACGGUAGAAAGACGGCUAGGGAGGAUGUUGUCCCGUUGUGCCUUGGAAGAAGAGCUCCAUCUGGGCUCUUCGGCAUACUUGGUUUUCUUCCAACCGUCAUUCUAAACUGGCUUGUAUCACAAACGAUGUUCACCGCUUAUCCACACCGACACAUUGUCCGGACUCUGCGGACGGAGAGGAGCAUGUGAUCGGCUGGAGAAACACCGGCCAGGCGGCAGUGUGGCACCACCUGACACUUUGCUUCGACUUAGAAAAAAAAUCUCAGCGUCGUGUAGUUUGGAUACUUAAGUCUGGACAAUAUGAGCGAGGACGCGUCCGAGGUCCCCAAAGAGCUAAUGGAGGGUGUGAGGGAUGCAGUUGGGAGGAAGGUGAAGCUGUCAAUGAGAAAAAGAGUCAAGCUGGAGAUCAAAGGAGACAAGACGGAGAACCGAGUGUUGGCUCUUGCGUCCCACCGAGUAUACCUCCUCACUGCACGUAUUCCCACCAAGGUUGAACACUGCUUUAACUACUUGGAGAUCCAGGGCAUUGCAUGUAACAAGCCAACGCAGCUGUUUAUAGAAUAUGAGCGGGGCGCCUUCUCAUUGAAGCUACUCUCCACUGAUGAGGUCAAUGAGGUGGUUGCUCAGAUAGGAUUCUGUCUCCUCAAAAUAUGUCCAGGUCUUCCACCUAGUAAAGUGAUGAGGAAGCUCAGCAUGGAUCCUGUAGACAGACUCACCUCGCUGCAGAUGUUGUGGGAAAACAACAAACCUGCUGACCCGGGACCAUGUGGUGGUUUUUCUCAGAUGUACAGGUGUGUUUGUGACUGGCUGUCACUCCCAUACAGAGAAGAAGUUCAAUGGGAUGUGGACACCAUCUAUUUGACGCAAGACACCAGAGAGCUUAACUUGCAGGACUUCAGCCAUUUAGAGAACAGAGACUUGGUGGCCAUAAUUGCAGUCCUGGAAUUCAACCAGUGGUUCACCAAGCUCGCCACUAAGGACUACAAGCUGUCUACAGAUGUUUGUGAGCAGAUCCUCAGAGUGGUGUCUCGCUCUAGUCGACUUGAGGAGUUGGUGCUGGAUAGCGCAGGGAUCAAAACUGAUUUUGCGCAGAAACUCGCUGCUGCCCUUUCACACAACCACAGCUCAGGACUUACCACCAUCAAUCUCGCCAACAACCCACUGGAGGACAGAGGUAUUUCCUCCCUUGGUGCUCAGUUCUGCAAACUUCGUAUUGGGCUCAAGCAUGUAAACUUCUCUAAAACUUCGAUGUCACCGAAAGGGGUGAACAGCCUUUGUCAGUCACUGAGUGCCAACCCUUCCAUCCCCAGCAGCCUCGUCCAUCUGGACCUCUCAGGGAACAUCCUCAGAGGAGAUGACAUGCAGCAUUUCUACAAUUUCCUGAGCCAGCCCAACCGACUGGUAACCCUUGAUCUUUCCAAUACGGACUGCUCACUGGACCAAGUUUGUUCCGCUCUCUUACGAGGCUCAGCCCAGCAUCUGUCUGUCCUCAAUGUAUCAAAGAGUGUCUUUCCUCACAGGAAAGGCAAAGAGGUACCACCAUCGUUCAAACACUUCUUCAGCAGCGCAAUGUCUCUCAGCUCCAUCAACGUGUCAGGAACAAAGCUGGCGCCAGAUGUCCUCAAAGCUCUCCUGCUUGGACUGGCUAGCAACCCUCAUGUGAAGGAUGUGUCUCUAGAUCUCAGCUGUUGUGAGUUGCGCUCUGGAGGGUCCCAGAUACUCGAAGGGUGUAUUGCUGAGAUCCCAAACAUCUCUAGUCUGGAUAUCUCUGACAAUAGCUUGGACUCUGAUUUGUCAACAUUGCUGAUAUGGUUGGCCAAAAACCGAUCCAUAAGGCACUUGUCUUUGGGCAAGAACUUCAACAACAUCAAAUCCAAAAACCUUGCCCCAGUGUUGGACAGCCUGGUUCACAUGAUCCAGGAGGAAGAAUCACCCCUCACCUCUUUAUCUUUAGCCGACUCCCGAUUGAAGAGCGAUCUCACUAUCGUUUUGAAUGCGCUCGGAAGCAACACGUCACUCACCAGGCUCGACAUCAGCGGUAAUGCAAUGGGCGAUAUGGGGGCCAAAAUGUUGGCAAAGGCGCUGCAGAUUAACUCUAAACUCAGGACAGUGAUCUGGGACAAAAACAAUACUGGUCCUCAGGGUCUACAGGAUGUAGCAACAGCUCUGGAGAAGAACUUCACUAUCCGCUUCAUGCCCAUCCCCAUCAUUGAUGCCUCUCAGGCUUUGAAAGCGAGCCCAGAGAAGACUGAGGACGCCUUGCUCAAGAUUGAAAACUAUCUGUACAGGAACCAUGAAACCAGGAAAUACCAGCAAGAGCAGGCCUAUCGGCUUCAACAGGGUAUUGUCACCACAACCACACAGCAGAUGAUGGACCGGAUAUGUGUGAAGGUGCAGGACCACCUCAACUCUCUAAGGAACUCAGAGACUGACGCUAUCCUUGAAGAUGUCAGAUCAGCUGAAAGCCUGAUCAAAGACGCUAGAAACUCAAAAACGCUCCUUCCGAAUCUCUACCACCUGGGCUCAGCCUCUCGAGAGGAGGUGCACCGUGCUUCAGUAGGACCCAUUCAGGAGAAAUUGGAGUCAAUGGCAGGCGAGGUGACAUCUGUCAUGGACCAACAGCUGCAGAGCCUGUUGGAGUCUAUGAUGGACACAGCAGAGUCUCUGUGUCCUCAUGUGAUGAAAAGGAGUAAUCUGCGCUCAGAUCUCAUAAAGGCCAGCGCAACCAAGAUGGUGGUCCCCAAGAGUUUUGUCACUAAAACACUCCUUGAGCAGUCUGGUAUUGACAUCAUCAACAAAAUUAGUGAGGUGAAGCUGAGUCUUGCCUCCUUCCUGUCCGAUCGUAUCGUUGACGAGAUAUUGGAAGCUCUCUCCACCUCACAACACACUUUGGCAGACCAUUUAGUGUGCAGAGGGCGCCCCUUGGUGCAGCAAGAGUCGGUAGACAUGGACAUUCACGAGGAGAGGAUUCCUAAACGGGCAUCCACUGAGAUUCUGGAAGGCGAGCGGUUGGACGAACUGGAGUCAUGCAUGAUGACUCCAAAGACAAAGAGGAAAAGCAUUCACAGUAGAAUGUUGAGACCUGUGUCCCGUGCCUUUGAGAUGGAGUUUGACCUAGACAAGGCACUGGAGGACGUCCCAGUGCAUGUGGAGGAUACGCCGCCGCCAUCCCACACUCCAGCUCCUCAGCCCUUACCAAAAGGGGAGCAGCGUCUGCCAGGAGGGAUAUUAGCGCUUCCGUCCGAAGAGGAGAAAAAGCUACAACACUUCACGAAACUAAGACCCCGCCGAAACAAGAAAAUGCACUCCAGCAAAACACCGCAAAUGAGCAGCACUGCACCUCAGGACGGGGAGCAGAAUGGCCUCAUGGGGAGGGUGGAUGAGGGGGUUGAUGAAUUUUUCUCCAAAAGAGUUACCAAGAUGGAUUCAAAACGUUCAAUGAAGAGCUCUGAAUCUCAUGAUGGUGAGAAGAAGAAGAGCAAAGGAGGCUUCCUCAACCUAAUCAAACGCUCUUCAAAAUCUGAUAAAUCAGAAAAGUUAGAGAAAAAUCAGGUAACGCCUUCAUCGCUGGCUACGUCUUCAGGAUCUUUAGUGUCAGUUUCCAGCAUUGCUGAGGAACCCUCCUCUCCAAAGGCAGCAGUAAAGAGUCCAGCACCAGAGCCAAAGUCCAGGGAUUCGUCCAGUCGCUCACAGCCUGGAGAUUACAGCAGUGGCUCAGAACGUUCAGAGGAGCUGAGGACGCCUGACUCCAUAGACGAACCUUGGGAGGGCUCAGACGGCCGAGGGAGUCCUCAAGGGGGGCGGCGGUACCCUGGCAUGCAGAUGAUGGGAGGCGGACUCCUAGCGGAGAUGAAAGCCAAGCAGGAGAGGAGAGCACAUAAGUCCUCCAGCCCUGACAGACCUGACAACAAUGGCACAGGUUCUCCAGAGAAGACCUCAGCUCGUGUUGAAACAAAGCCUGAUCCCGCUCCUCGUCCCCGUGCUCCGUCCUCCUCAGGCUCCACCGGGGUGCCUGUGAGUCCUAAACCAGCAAUGCCACUGGGAGCCAAACCUGCCCUGUCUUCCCGGCCCUCCCUGCCUCAGAAACCAAGGACCAACAGCAGUCGGAGCAUAGAAGAGUCCUCAGAUGCCCCCAAUGGAGGAAGGGUGUCUCCUAAAAUGAAUGCUCUCUCAUCGCUGAAGAAGAUCUUACCUGAGAAAGACAAGGAGGGCCAAAACAGUCUGCCGCUGGGAGCUUCUGCUAAUAAAACCACUCAGGAAGGGAGGAAAGCAUCCACGUCCGACCCAACUCAACGCUCCAGCCAUCAGCGCACCAACUCGGAUGACCACAGUCCCUUCAAGGCCAAAGGGUCGUCUCCGAAUCCAGAAAAAGAAAAAACGGGCAAAAAAGCUUCCAAUCCUGCGGAGGACUCUGACAAAGAAAUUAUUUUAAUAUGAAUUAAUCACAUUUAAUGUAAAAAUGAACCCAUGUGUUUUCAUUUGAAAAUGACUGAAUGGGCAGUUUAAGGAAUACUAGUAUGUAUUUUUGAGUUGUACACCAAGAGUACAAAUGAUGUCGUACCUGUUAACAGUUAACAAAAUGUAACAUGUUAAUAUGUUUCAUCACUAAAUAUUUUUUUCGUGCUUUCUGAUUGAUGUCACCUACUAAACCAAAUUUCACUGAGAGCUUCCUUCUUCCUGCUGAGUGUUCCUGUUAUUUCAAGGAAUAAAUAUACUGGUAAUUCAUAGUUUGACCUGACAGAUAAAAACCAUAGAAGAAGAGUCAGAAAAACGCUUUCAGUGGAAAAGCAAGCGAUGGCACGGAACGCUGAUGCGAGGCUUUGGACUAACAUAAUUUAAUGCGAUAUUGUUGCAGUUGCUUGUCUGACAAGAAGUAAACUUAAAAGAUAAAUGACAAUACCACUUAUCGCUGUACUGUACUUGGCAUUUCCUUUGGUUAACAAUUUUUCUAAAUGUUUAAAUUUGUGUGAAAGCUGUUUCUGGAUCAAUUAUGCAACUCAUCUUUUUUACAGGACAAUGCAGGUUGAGCUGAGCUUUUCAGCGCACACAAAUCACACUAAUGUAGCUUACCUGUACUGAACAAUCGUCACCCAGCUAGCCUCACUGGCGUUCUUUUCAAACACCCUUUAGGGGCUUGGCUUACUUGAGCUUUCAAUCAGCAAAGACUUAGCACUGUUAACUAUCAAGAAUUCACACAAAUAUUAUUACCCUUUAACUGCAGGGGAUCCGUCUUAACUGUAUAGGGGGAAAAAGUCAUGUGAUUCUUAGUUUAUGUAUGUUGUGUUGCAUGCCACUUUUUGUCCAGUUGUCCUUCUGACUCUUGGGUUUCGACACACGUUGACUCCAUCCAUUGACACUCAUCUGUAUCCUUCAGGAUUGUUUUACAGUGAGGGCUUUCAAACAUAAUUGACUUGAAUGCAAAGUGUAACAAUGUAAAAUCACCUAGGAAUGAUGCGUUUUGACCUUAGUGCUUAUUGCAUAGCUUGUGGAUGCUUCCCUUGAGAGCACAAAACGUCUUUAAGAACAACACGUUAUUUUUUCACCGCUUUCACUGCAUGUGCUGCAUCAUGCAGUGGAGAUGGAAACAUGAGGUCCACUUUGGAUUGCUACAACAGAAUUUAAAGAAUAAUUCAACUGGGGUUAAAGCACAAGUGACGAAUGAAGGCUAAAAUAAUUGUUGCACAUUUCUCCAGCAGUCUUUUCCUUGUGAAAUGGCUUCUUAAACUCUAAUCAUGCAAAUAAUAUUCCUGUUGUACAUAAUUUCAACGGCCUGAUGCCAAUUUAAUUUAUUUUUUUUGUCCAAAAAGAUAUUAAGUCAGUAGUGCACAGGUUUGCUGCAAAUGGCUGUAACUUUGGCAAGAAUAUCAAAUGACUCCUGAGUGAGUUGAAUGUGUGUGAGACUGCAUGACGUGCACUGUACUGUAUAUAUGUCCCUCCGAGCUUACAUCUGCGAUACGUAAUACAUGCACAUGUAAUAUGGACACUGUGACUUUUUUGCACAUGCCAACUCUUUGUUUUGGUAAAUUUGUUGCUUGUAACAUUUGGUAUAACGUCCACAACAUUCUCUCUCAAAUGUACAUUUGUUUAUAACGCAAUUAUGUAUGCAUUUGUUAUGUGGAUUGAAUCUUAACAUUGAUUUAAAAUGGAGUUCUGCAAAACUCUUACAUUAAUACUGAAGACCUGUUUGCACAACCUCCGUCUUGAUUGAAUUUUGAGAUUAUUGUGUUACUUUCAUUGUUCUGCUGUCUGGUGUCCAUGUCAAAAUUGAUGUUCAUUAAAAUCCUUUUACAGGCUUUACAAUGUAUUAAUUUUUUUCACUCAUUAAUGGAAACUUUUUAGUUGACUUUAGGUAAUAUGUAAUUGAAAGUGAAUUUGUUCUAACUUCCAAGCUCUGAAUUUGUAAACUCUUUUGGGUCAUUCCAGAAUUAAAGGACAUAUGUUUCAAAGUUCUUAUAAAAUAAACCUUUGCUUUUAUAGUUUUCUG